AAAACAACUUUCACUGUUUUUACAUCGACUAUUUUCCUACAGAAGAUUAUAGCCCGGAUCCUAACGACUCAACAAUGGCUAUUCCAUAUUCCAUGAAGAGGGCGGCUACUUUCAUUUUUAUGAGUUCCAUAACCCUUCUCACCGGUGAAAUGUUUUGUUUCUGCGGUCAUGUGAUCAGAAGACGACGUAUUUUUACUUUCGCUGGAGGUGUUGCCUUUAUUUUAUCAGGUUUACUCGAUCUUAUGGGUGUGGUCAUCUAUAUUUCAAGUUUUAAAGCUGAAGUUGGGAGUAAACUCCAACCGAAAUCUUCUUUUCAAGGACCGAUAUUUAAAUAUCGCUAUGGUUACACUUUCACCCUAGCCAUUGCUAGUAUCUUAUUGUGUGAAUUAUCCGGAACGUUUGCUGUAUACUUGUAUAUUCAGUGGUAUAAGUUGGAUUCCAAAAAAUGCGCGGAUAGAUUGAAAUAUGAAGAUUUUUUACAAGCUGGAGAGGAUCAUAUUCCAUGCAGGCGCCACCCACGUGGUCGGCGCAACAGUCGAGCGCGGGAUGUCUCACGAGAAGCUUCUCCCUGCCCGUCUACCAGUAGAGGGCGCCGCAACACGAACCCCGGCAUACCACUAUCAGAAUCAAUGAGGGAUCUGGCUUACUACAACUUCCCUCCCUUUUCUAGGGACACCACGUGUUAUACUGUUUCGACGACAGCCGAUAUCAACAGAGAGUACUCUCGGGAUUUCUCGUUUGAGACGGUUCGUCGCACGACACCUGUGUGAACGCCUAUUUUAAACGUAACUUGGUUGGUGCUGCAGGUUUCUGUUAUCCCGAGUUGACGAUCUUUCAAUCUGCAUAUCACCAAACAUGGAAUCUAGCAAAUAUAUAAUGAUGACGUAGAAUCUUGAACAGAUUUUGUGUUAAGUUUUUAUCGAGAAAUUCUUAAAGACUCGUGGACAAUUUUCUCAAAACAUUUCAGUCUUCCUCGGAAACGUGUAGGCUUUUUUUUAACAUCUGGCGUCUUAACACUAUGAAUUAUACAUUAUUAAACAAGAAGGAAACGCAAUAUGAUUUGUUCAUCCGAGGGGUGAAAAACUCCUGUAAUAAGAAUUCUCGUUGUUCAAUGAAUAUAUCAACACUAGCUUUCUUUACAAACCAUCAGUCAGCUGUACGAAUAUGCCAUAGGAAAUGUUAGACAACGUCUGUAGCCGAAAUGCUCACACCCUUACCCUCUGUGCCUUUGGUCGUAUCAUCUGUACCAACAACUUCCACUACACACUAGGUUUUAGGGUUUCUUCUUCUCUUUAGGUUAUCCUAUUUUCUGUCCUCAUGUCAUGUCUACUAAAUCUUAUCUCCUUUCCAAGUAUUUUCCUUGAAACAGUAGACAUGUUCUAGAAUGUAUAGGAAAGCUCAACCGUUACUGUAGCUUAAUUACACAUCAUUUGUGAGAGACAAAAAAAAAUAAAUUAGAAAACGACUUAGAUUAUUUAAUAACAUAGAUUAUUUCAGUUAUAGUCAUUACUAUAACAAUAGUAGCUGUAGUUAUGAUGUGUUGGAUAACUCCGCCGUGCGAGCAUCAACUCGUGUAAUUAACACAUUUUAAAAACGUGUUCAACUUUCAAAGGAGAAGUAUCGUUUAAAACAAAAGAUUGAAAAACUGAUCACUCUAGUCUGGUUGGAAUCGAACGCCACUUCGUAGUGCGCACUGCCAGUUUCACCUGUUUUCGAUGAAAUUUGUUGAUGUUUCGUUGUCAUUAUCCGACGACAGGAAAUACAAGCAGAAACGGAUAUAAUUCACGUGACUUUACUAAAUACACUUGUAGCACUUAUCAGUAUAAAUAGAAAGAAUAUUUAUUAAAAUAGGGUUACGAAAGAAACCUUGUAGUUUCUCAUAUGAUAUGCUUUUGAGUAACAGGAGGUUUUCGUUUCUAUUUCUAUUUAGUCUGUUAGUCUUAGUACACUAACUAGCCACAAAAAAAUCAGUGUUCUUUAUCCAUAUUUGAUAUCAAAUCAUUUAAGUGAAAUGAUACAAAGAAAAUCACGUUUCUGUCACAUUUUCAAAGAGCUAUUAGUCACGCUGAUUAGUGUUUUUUACAAACUUUUCAUUUUUUAUUUCCAUAUUUGAUUUGUUAAUGGGUUAACAAGUCAGAAUUACGACGUUUUAUACAAUACUGUUUUUUUAACUUUUCUUAUGUGUCUUGGUUUUGUUUCUGUGAAACAAUUAGCUACUUUUAACGAUUUAACUGAUAAUCUACUUUAUUCUCUCACUCCCCCCCAGUGGC